AUGGCUCCCACCUACAUCCAAGUCCCUAACAAGGACACAAAUAAUGUCGCGCUCUCCGUUCCGAGGAGUCCCGGCGCCGGCGCCCAUCUUGCUACGACGACACUUCGAGUGGACGGCAUGACAUGCGGCGCAUGUACUUCUGCUGUUGAAGCUGGCUUCAAGGGCGUCGAUGGUGUUGGAAACGUUUCAGUCAGUCUGGUUAUGGAGCGAGCAGUCAUCAUGCACAACCCUCAAGUUAUCUCCGCCGACGAAGUCAAAGACAUUAUCGAAGACCGAGGCUUCGAUGCCGAAGUCCUCUCCACCGACCUCCCCAGCCCUGUCGCCAGACGCUUUACACACAACCAAGAUGACAAUGAGUUUAUUACGACAACUAUCGCCGUCGAGGGCAUGACCUGUGGAGCCUGCACCUCUGCCGUUGAAGGUGGCUUCAAAGAUGUUCCUGGUGUCAAGAGCUUCAGCAUCUCAUUGCUCUCCGAGAGAGCUGUUAUCGAACACGAUCCCGACCUUCUCACUGCCGAACAAAUCGCCGAAAUCAUUGAAGACCGCGGCUUUGAUGCUACGAUUGUCGACUCGGGCAAAGUGGUGGCUGACAAAUCUGGCAAGGAUGCUGAAAAUGCCGGCAAUCUCGCCAUCACGACAGUAGCAAUCGAGGGCAUGACAUGUGGUGCUUGCACAUCAGCUGUCGAGGGUGGAUUCAAGGACGUAGAAGGCGUCCUCAAAUUCAAUAUCAGCCUUCUCGCGGAACGAGCCGUUAUUACACAUGAUGUUACCAAACUCUCGCCGGAGCAAAUAGCGGAAAUAAUCGACGACCGUGGCUUCGACGCGGAAGUUAUUUCUUCACAACCGACCAAUGAUCAUCAUAGCGGGUCAUCGUCCACGGCACAGUUCAAAGUUUAUGGUGUUCCCGAUGCGGCUGCAGCAGAAGCUUUGGAGGCUGAGUUGACGGCCAUGCACGGCGUCGAUUCAGUUUCGGUGAGCCUUGCUUCAUCACGCCUCACCGUCACUCACCAACCUGGUGUUAUUGGUCUUCGGGCCAUCGUGGAAGCUGUCGAAGCUAAGGGAUACAACGCCAUUGUGGCCGAUACCCAAGACAACAAUGCACAGCUCGAGUCACUUGCAAAGACACGGGAGAUCAAUGAGUGGAGGACGGCUUUCCGAACCUCUUUGGCUUUUGCCGUCCCGGUCUUCAUUCUGAACAUGAUCUUGCCUAUGUGCGCGCCAUCUCUCGAUCUUGGCAGGUUUGAGUUAAUUCCAGGCCUCUAUCUGGGAGACAUCAUCUGUUUAGUCCUUACGAUACCCGUCCAAUUCGGCAUUGGAAAGCGUUUUUAUAUUUCAGCAUGGAAGUCAGUCAAGCACCGCUCACCAACAAUGGAUGUUCUUGUUAUCCUCGGAACGUCUUGUGCCUUCUUCUUCAGCAUUUUGACAAUGACGGUUUCUUUACUUUUGCCUCCUCACACCAGGCCAAGCACUAUUUUUGACACCAGCACUAUGCUCAUCACAUUCAUCACGCUAAGUCGUUACCUUGAGAAUAGCGCCAAGGGUCAGACAUCCAAGGCUCUUUCUCGGCUCAUGUCUUUGGCACCCUCUAUGGCUACAAUCUACGUAGACCCCAUUGCUGCUGAGAAGGCUGCCGAGGCUUGGGGUAAGGACCCAACUACUCCCAAAACGCCAGGAGUUGGUGGUUCAGCUCACGAGGAGCGGUCUGUUCCUACUGAGCUUCUCCAGCUUGGUGAUGUCGUCAUUCUGCGACCUGGUGAUAAGGUGCCUGCCGAUGGUGUCCUUGUCCGAGGAGAGACCUUCGUAGAUGAGAGCAUGGUAACAGGUGAAGCCAUGCCUGUUCAGAAGCGAACCGGCGAUCACGUCAUUGGCGGAUCCGUUAAUGGUGACGGUCGUGUUGACUUCCGAGUCACUCGUGCCGGUCGUGACACUCAACUCAGCCAAAUCGUCAAGUUGGUUCAAGAUGCUCAGACCAACCGGGCACCUAUCCAGCGACUCGCCGAUACUAUUGCAGGGUAUUUUAUUCCUGCUAUCCUCAUUCUUGGCUUGAGCACGUUUCUUUGCUGGAUGGUUCUCAGCCAUGUACUUGCGAACCCACCCAAAAUCUUUUUGCAGGACGCCAGCGGUGGUAAGAUCAUGGUCUGCGUCAAGCUCUGCAUUUCCGUCAUCGUUUUCGCAUGCCCUUGUGCCCUCGGUCUAGCUACACCUACUGCCGUCAUGGUUGGUACUGGCGUUGGUGCCGAGAACGGCAUUCUGAUCAAAGGUGGCGCUGCUCUCGAGAGAUGUACCAAGGUCACACAGAUUGUCCUUGAUAAGACUGGUACCAUUACCUAUGGCAAGAUGAGCGUUGUCGAGUCUGUUCUCGAGUCCGAGUGGCAUGAUAAUGAAUGGCGGCGUCGACUUUGGUGGGCCAUUGUUGGUCUUGCUGAGAUGGGCAGUGAACAUCCCGUUGGAAAGGCCAUCCUCGCAGGAGCUCGACAAGAACUCGAUAUUGAGGCCGAUGGUGUUCUUGAGGGAAGUGUCGGCGAGUUCAAGGUCACUGUUGGCAAGGGUAUUAACGCUCUGGUUGAACCUGCAUCGGCUGUUGACCGUAACCGAUAUCGGGCGCUCGUCGGUAACGUUGCUUUCCUGCAGGAAAACGGCAUUGAGGUUCCCGAGGAUGUUAUCGAGGCAUCAGAACAACUCGCCCCCAGCGCAGCCAAGGCUUCUAACAAGGGACCUGCCACUGGUACCACUCACAUCUUCGUGGCUAUUGAUGGCAAAUACAGUGGCCAUCUCUCUUUGGCUGACUCUAUCAAGGAGGGUGCUGCUGCUGCCAUCUCGGCCCUUCACAAACUGGGUGUGAAGACAGCUAUUGUUACUGGUGAUCAGCGAUCCACUGCCCUCAGUGUUGCUGCGGCUGUGGGCAUUCCUCCCGAGAAUGUCUAUGCCGGAAUGAGCCCCGACCAGAAGCAAGAGAUUAUCAAGCAAAUUCAAGAACAAGGCGAGGUCGUUGCCAUGGUCGGCGACGGCAUCAACGAUUCACCUGCACUUGCAACUGCUGAUAUCGGUAUCGCCAUGGCCAGUGGCACAGACGUCGCCAUGGAAGCCGCCGAUAUCGUUCUCAUGCGCCCGACUGAUUUGAUGGUUAUUCCUGCGGCGCUGGAUCUCACUCGGUACAUUUUCCGUCGCAUCAAGCUGAACCUUGCCUGGGCGUGCAUGUACAAUGUUAUCGGUCUGCCAAUUGCCAUGGGCUUCUUCCUGCCCAUUGGUUUCCACAUGCACCCCAUGAUGGCUGGUUUCGCCAUGGCGUGUAGUAGUGUCAGUGUCGUCGUGAGCAGUCUUUUCCUCAAGUUCUGGAAGCGUCCCCGAUGGAUGGAUGAGGCUGCCGCUGAGAAGAGCGGUGGUCUUCGCUGGAGGAGUGGAAGAGGUGUUGUAGGCUGGGUGCGAGAGACGCUGGGUAGGGGACGAGUUAAGAAAGAGGAGGGUUAUGUGCCUUUGGAAAAUAUUGAGACGGAAGCGUAA